GCACAGCUAAUAGGAACAGAGACCGGAUGCAAUGUAUGAUCCCCUCUCCGGCUCGUCACAACAUUAACAUGCCCUGUGUUGGUUGUGCUCAUAUCCGAUAGAGGGCGACCAUCGUCAAUUCUGACAUCUUCAUAAAAACAAAGCAGAAGAAAAGUGGUAGCCUGGCUUUAGCUUCUCCAACAAUGUCUGAUGAAUACGCCGCCGUUCAGAAAGGAUCCCUGAAAUUUAAAGGGUUGGGAGAUAUUUCUAAAGGGAAAAAGAAGAAGAAGAAGGAUAAAGAAAAGAAAAAACGCCUGGAGGAGCAGAUUUUGACGAAUCAGUAUGACGAAGGGGGGGAGACCCAGAAAGGAUACGUUGACAAGAGGACACCAGCUCAAAUUGCCUUCGAUAAGACUCAAGAGAAGAGGCAAAUGGAAAGGAUUCUAAACAAGGCAUGCAAAACACAUAAACAUCGAGUUGAGGACUUUAAUCGCCAUCUGGACAAUUUGACUGAGCAUUAUGAUAUCCCAAAAGUCAGCUGGACCAAAUGAAAAGGAGCAGCGGUUGUUGACUUUUAUUUUGAAAUUCCAAUUUGGCUUUAUUUUACUUUUUUUUCUAACUCGUUUGACAUUAACGGUAUUGUUGAUUUAUUUUAUAGUUGAUAUGCCUUUUCUUUGGUAGAAUUUGUCAAACAGAAAACACCUCUUGGUUUGCCUGGUUGUGCAAAUAUAAAUAAAAGUUGAGCCGAAAAGUUUGAUAAACAAUGUUUUCAUUAAGUUGCUGUAUUAAUAAUUAUAUGUGCAUAGUGAUUGUUCAAUAAAUUACAACGUCCAUGUGAUGAUGCAUAUUGUGUUGCUCCAGGCAUUCUAAAUUAAGCAAGUGAAAUGCAUUUCCUUCAAAUAAAUUCUUUGUCACUGAUUAUUUGGUUGUUAAUGCAAAUGGAAAACAAUUUAUUGAACUGAGUAGCCUUCAAUCUUGCUCAAAGUAAUGGCCAUUUAUUAGUAUCUGGUUACAAACAUCAUUUUGCUUUAGCUUAAAAAUUGCAUAUGUUUAACUGUAGAUACUGGUAUAACAUAUGCUAUACUGGGUACAUGUAUGGAUUAAUGCAAGUAACGUAGUGCAUCAUUUAGUUUAACUUCAUUUGACAUUUCAAGUUUCCAUGUAUGGAUUAACGUUACAAACUCGAAUGCUGAUGUUGAUACAAUUUAAUGUAAUUAGUUGCAUGUGAGCUUAUCAUGUUGGUCAAAUAUCGGUAUGCUUGUAAUAAAACGGGUACAAUUAAACCUAACCGGUGAAAAAACUA